AUGCAACUCCUCUCUGCAUCCUCACUCCUGGUCCUUGCAACUGCCGUCUCUGCGAAGUACUGGAACGUCAACAUUUACAGCGACACUGCUUGUAAGAAAUACAUCUCAUCCUGGAGCGACGGUAGCGACCCGUGGACAUUCGGUUACAACUACGGCAUUCACUGUGCAAAGGUUACCAAUGGUCCCGAUGGUGGAUCCUGUCAGUUUUUUCAGGAUGACGGGUGCUCACAGGACAUUGGAAAUGAUGGCAGGGCGCAGGUUGGCGGCAAGGUCGUCACCGUGGGCUACCAGGAGAUCAAGUGCUGGACUUGCAGGUCCUGGUAG